UUUAUCUUCUCAAAGGCCUUUAAAAUUGGAUUCAGUGGACGAAAGAUUGUUUGGCUGCUGCCAGGUGACUACACACACGAAUGGUGGAAAAAGGACGACACUAGCUGUUCUCCCAAACAAAUACGGUUUGUCGCCGGAAAUUAUUUAACCGUCGACAGCUUUUACCCCGUAUAUAAAGACACUGCACUUGACGAUAACGGCAUUACGCGAAGACAAUUCUUGGAUGACUACCGCAUAAAAACACAGUAUAAAGUAUUUCCAGGUGAUAUGUACAAAACCACGGCCUACGACGCAGUGUGGACGAUUGCCAGGGCAUUCAAUGCGACUAUCUAUGACCUCAAAAAUACAGAACAUAGACUUGAAGAUUUCUCCUACAGUAAUACGUAUAUAGGCGAACUAAUCAAGAACAACACAAGCAAGGUUAACUUCAGAUCCAUUUCCAAUCGGGUGGUAUUUGAUAAAAAUGGUGAUGUCAUUAGACCCAUGAGGAUUCUGCAAAUGCAAGAUGGGUACCUGGUGCCGGUAGGCUGGUACAAUAAAAUCCACACUGGUGAAAAGACACAAUGGGGCACUUUUAAGUGGCCAAGCAAGUUGGUGCCAAAAGAUUCCAUGCAAUUACGCAGCACACAUGUUUGUGUGUCCACAUGGCUGUACGUGAUAAUGUGCACGGUCGCUUCAAUGGGAAUACUGAUGGCGGUUUUGUUUCUCUACUUCAAUAUCAAAUUUCACGCAGAAAGAAUCAUUAAAAUGUCGUCCCCAUGGAUCAACAAUGUCAUCCUAGUGGGCUGCAUUAUUUUGUACAUGUUUGUAUAUGUUUCCGGAUUGGAUAACUCGAAGUUCUCAUCUGUUUGUCAGGCUUCAGUUUUUUUUAUCGUCGUGGGAUUCUCGCUGGCGUUCGGUGCAUUGUUUGCAAAGACGUGGCGGGUACACGUCAUCUACACGGCUAGUCUGAAGAUGAAGAAACGGGCACCCAAGGAUAAAGAUUUGUUUAUUAAAAUCGGUGUGCUGACAGCUAUUAAUGCGAGCAUCAUGGUGUUUUGGACAGUGUUCGAUCCCCUUGUAUCUACAGAAGUUUAUCUAAGGAACUUGAAGACUGAAGAACCACACAAUGAUAGAGUGGUGGUUCCUGUAACAUGGCACUGCACGUCCAGAUACCAUAUAUACUUUUACGGCGUACUUCUUGGCAUUCAAGGCAUCCUACUUUUACUUGGCGUCUUCUUAGCUUUUACCACCAGAAAGGUGACCAUAUUAGAACUGAAUGAUUCCAAAUACAUUGGAAUGUGCAUCUACAACGUCAUUGUGCUAGCUUCAGUGGGGCUGCCAGUGGCGCUGAUUCUGAAAGGCAGCGUUAACGUGACAUACGGUCUUCUGUCCAGCCUCAUCAUUGCUGGCACUACCGCUACUCAGUGUCUUAUAUUUAUUCCAAAGGUAUAUGGUGUGAAGUUAGUUAACAUCGACGUCAAUGACGUACGGCCUACUAUAGGCUUAAGUACUAACCCUGCAACAGCUGGGGACACUGAAGAAACCUUGAGUCAGUAUAAUAGAAAAGCAUGUCAACAUUCGAGUCACGUUAGCUGAAGAGAAACUAAAGUGUUGGACAAGCUGGGCAACCAAAGAGUAUUUCCAAAGCAAUGUAUUCGUAACUGACAUACUCGGUUCCACGGUGUAGACACAUGUUGUUUUUUCUUCUGUAAACAAACCAUAGGUUAAAGCUGCUGACCUUAGUUUCAAAAGUAUGCACCUUUUGUUUCGUAUAAAAUGCUACUACAGAUUGAAUUUGCCAUAAUUGAUAUUUUAAUCCAAACAUUGUACAUAAUGCACAAGUAAAUCGAGUUUUUUAAAGUUUGUAUUAGCAGAAAAUAGUUUACACUACCUAAUCGCUAGGGACCAGUUAAGUGGCUUAGCGAGAGGGGAGCCACGGGGUCCAUAUCCCCACAGCAAUCAAACCUCUAUUUUUUUCACUGUAUUAAAUUUUAUGAAAUCAUACAUACAUAGAGUGGAUUGCCCCCCCCCCCCCCCCCCACACACACACACACAUACACACACCAAAUAUAAAAUCCUGGCUACGCUUUAAUGCAAUUAAAAGAAUCAUAGCAUACAUGUACAUGCGUUGCUCAUCACUUUGAUGCCAAUGCCAUAUGGAAUACAUUGCCACAACCAGCAUUGUGGAUGCAGAACAGUGUCAAGACGUAAAACACGCCAUAAUAAACAUGCCUUAAAAUUGCACUAGCUGGUAUAAACCAACAACCAACAUCUUGCGUUUUGCCUUGACACCAAUAACAAAGCGGUGUGUAUAACAACAGAAAUAAGAAGAGAACUAUUAUUCAUUGUAAUUUAUAAAUACAAUUACUACAUACAUCUGAAAAAGAUACCAAAGACAUCAGUAAAGUGCUAAUUUUCAGUUGAGCGAUAUAUCUUAUGGGGUUGGGUAUGUAUGGUAUAUUUUGCGGGUUUGUUUGUUUGGUGGGUUUUGGUGUGUUUUCUUGUGGUUGUUUUUGUGGAGGGUUUUGUUUCUAGAGGGGGGUGGAUUUUUUUUCUUUUUCUUUUCUUGUUAUUUCGCUAAAAGAAGCAGCAAAAGCAGUACUAUAUGAAAUGCAGUGAAGACGUCCUUGAGGUGAUACUAAAUUCUUCAAAACCAUUCAGAAUUUUUUCACCCAGAAUCGUGCUUGUCACUAUAACAUCCAAGAUAUGAGAAAUGGUACAAAGGAGUCUCUAAGAGAGGCACGUUUACGGAAAAUUAAAGUUUUUAAAAACUAA